GGAGGGAAGAUAAAAGGGCCUUCCCCCAAACCCCUCUCCCCCCCCCCCCCCCCGGGUCUUUCAAAGUCACUCACUCUGCUUGAAUUUCAAGCUGUCCUUUUGUCCCUCUCUCUCUCUCUCUCUCUUCAUAACUCGGUCUCUUUCUCUCUCUCGCCUCUUACCUCUUGCCUCUUCCCUCUUCCCUCGCAACUCUUACUAUAUAAAACGCUCUCUCUCUCUCUCCACAGUCCCAACUAGGGUUUCGUCCGUACUGUGCCUAGGGUUUUUGCUGCUGAGCUCCGAUUUCCUGGAUUCUGGUCAGGUCUGCUGCCAUGGCGGCCGAGAAGCUUAGGGAUUUGAGCCAGCCAAUCGACGUCGCCUUGCUCGACGCCACCGUCGCCGCCUUCUAUGGCACCGGAUCUAAGGAAGAGAGGACAGCUGCAGACCAGAUUUUGAGGGAGUUGCAAAACAAUCCAGAUAUGUGGCUUCAAGUGGUACACAUUCUACAAAAGACCCAGAAUCUGAACACAAAAUUCUUCGCAUUGCAGGUUCUGGAAGGUGUAAUUAAGUAUAGGUGGAAUGCGUUGCCUGUUGAACAGCGUGAUGGAAUGAAAAAUUAUAUUUCUGAAGUCAUUGUUCAGCUUUCAAGUGAUGAAGCCUCCUUUCGUCGAGAAAGAUUAUAUGUCAACAAGCUCAACAUUAUAUUAGUUCAGGUUCUGAAGCAUGAGUGGCCAGCAAGAUGGCGGAGUUUCAUUCCCGACCUUGUCUCAGCAGCAAAAACUAGUGAAACAAUUUGUGAGAAUUGCAUGGCUAUAUUGAAACUUCUAAGUGAAGAGGUUUUUGAUUUCUCGAGGGGGGAAAUGACUCAACAGAAGAUCAAAGAGCUUAAACAGUCGUUAAAUAGUGAGUUCCAGCUCAUCCAUGAGUUAUGCUUAUAUGUGCUAUCAGCAUCUCAAAGAACUGAGCUUAUACGGGCAACACUGGCCACCCUGCAUGCAUUUCUUUCAUGGAUUCCUCUGGGCUACAUAUUUGAGUCUCCACUGCUGGAAACACUUCUGAAGUUUUUCCCUUUGCCUGCAUAUCGGAAUCUUACUCUCCAGUGCUUAACAGAGGUUGCCGCCCUUAGUUUUGGAGACUUCUAUAACUUGCAGUAUGUGAAAAUGUACAAUAUUUUCAUUGUUCAAUUACAGUCUAUUCUCCCACCUUCUACAAACAUCCCUGAUGCUUAUGUUCAUGGAUCCAGCGAAGAGCAGGCAUUCAUUCAGAACUUGGCGCUGUUUUUCACUUCAUUUUAUAAGUCUCACAUUCGAGUGCUGGAAUCCAGUCAAGAGAAUAUAUCUGUGCUUCUUUUGGGUCUUGAAUAUCUCAUUAGCAUAUCAUAUGUGGAUGAUACAGAAGUUUUUAAGGUCUGCUUAGAUUAUUGGAACUCCUUAGUUUUAGAGCUGUUCGAACAACAUCAUAAUAUUGAGAAUCCUGCAGCAGCUGCUAACAUGAUGGGGUUGCAGAUACCGUUGCUUCCUCACAUGAUUGAUGGCCUCGGUCCUCAACUCCUGCAACGGCGGCAACUUUAUGCAGGUCCAAUGUCAAAGUUGAGAUUGCUUAUGAUAUGUCGUAUGGCUAAACCGGAAGAGGUCCUGAUCGUUGAAGAUGAAAAUGGGAAUAUUGUCCGUGAAACAAUGAAGGACAAUGACGUCCUUGUUCAAUAUAAGAUCAUGAGGGAAACAUUGAUCUACUUGUCACAUCUUGAUCAUGAGGAUACUGAGAAGCAGAUGCUGAAAAAAUUAAGUAGACAGUUGAAUGGUGACGAUUGGACAUGGAACAACCUAAAUACAUUAUGCUGGGCAAUUGGAUCUAUAUCUGGGUCCAUGAUGGAGGAGCAGGAGAACAGAUUUCUGGUAAUGGUCAUUCGAGAUUUACUGAAUUUAUGUGAAAUCACCAAAGGAAAAGAUAACAAGGCCGUUAUUGCAAGUAACAUUAUGUAUGUUGUUGGACAGUACCCAAGAUUUCUGCGAGCACAUUGGAAGUUCUUGAAAACUGUUGUGAAUAAGCUGUUUGAGUUCAUGCAUGAAACCCAUCCAGGAGUUCAGGAUAUGGCCUGCGACACCUUCUUAAAGAUUGUUCAGAAGUGCAAGCGCAAGUUUGUUAUAGUUCAGGUUGGUGAAAAUGAACCUUUUGUAUCUGAACUACUGUCAGGACUUCCAACUACUGUUGCUGAUCUUCAGCCUCAUCAGAUCCAUACAUUUUAUGAAUCUGUUGCUCAUAUGAUUCAAGCUGAACCUGAUCCCCAGAAGAGGGAUGAAUAUUUGCAGAGGUUAAUGGAACUGCCAAAUCAGAAAUGGGCUGAAAUUAUAGGGCAGGCACGGCAGAGCGUGGAUUUUUUGAAGGAUCUAGAUGUGAUCCGCACUGUGCUAAAUAUAUUGCAGACAAAUACAAGUGUUGCCAUUUCGCUUGGAACAUUUUUCCUAUCACAAAUUUCAUUGAUCUUUUUAGAUAUGCUUAAUAUCUACAGAAUGUAUAGUGAGCUUAUAUCGAGUAGCAUUGCUGAAGGAGGGCCUUUUGCAUCUAAAACUUCUUACGUAAAACUUUUGCGGUCCGUGAAGAGGGAGACCCUUAAGCUCAUCGAGACAUUCUUGGAUAAGGCUGAGGAUCAACCACAAAUUGGAAAGCAGUUUGUUCCCCCAAUGAUGGAUCCAGUUCUUGGGGACUAUGCUAGGAACUUGCCUGAUGCUAGAGAAUCAGAAGUUCUGUCACUUUUUGCCACAAUAAUAAACAAGUACAAAGGUGCCAUGAUAGAGGAUGUGGCUCGCAUAUUUGAGGCUAUUUUCCAGUGCACACUGGAGAUGAUUACCAAGAAUUUUGAAGAUUACCCCGAGCAUCGUCUAAAGUUCUUCUCAUUACUUCGUGCCAUUGCUACACAUUGUUUUCCUGCUUUGAUUCGGUUGUCAAGUCAGCAACUAAAGCUUGUCAUGGAUUCUAUAAUAUGGGCUUUUCGGCAUACCGAAAGAAACAUUGCGGAAACUGGUUUAAACCUUUUAUUGGAGAUGCUAAAGAACUUUCAGGCUUCUGAGUUCUGUAAUCAAUUCUAUCGAACCUACUUCUUGACAAUUGAGCAAGAAAUUUUUGCUGUUUUGACGGACACAUUCCAUAAACCUGGGUUCAAGCUUCAUGUCUUGGUGUUGCAGCACUUGUUUUGCCUGGUGGAGUCUGGAUUGCUGACAGAACCUCUGUGGGAUGCAUCAGCAGUUCCAUAUCCAUAUCCCAGUAACACAAUGUAUGUACGGGAGUACACUAUCAAGCUUUUGGGUACGUCAUUUCCCAACAUGACAGCUGCUGAGGUAUGGAAUGAAAAUGCAUUUUUUUUUUUGGGUUUUAAAUAUAUCUUGCAUAUGCAACAAUUUAUCAACUUUUUUCAGGUUGCCCAGUUCGUAAAUGGUCUGUUUGAAUCAAGGAAUGAUCUCUCUGCAUUUAAGAAUCACAUACGAGACUUUCUUGUGCAAUCAAAAGAAUUUUCAGCUCAGGUAGUGCCGCAACACAUUUACUGUACUGUAUUUACAAGUGUGCCUUAGUUCUUAAUAAUUUAUGCUCAAGACCAACAGCCAGAUGAUUUGGGAAAAAUGCUAUCUUUGGAUCAACUUAUUUUGAUUUUGGGUUUGAAAGUAGUUAUCGUCAACUUAAAUCCUUUGUUAGAAAAUUAGGGAUGACCUUUAAUCGCGUGGAAUUUGAUUCCAUUUUCUUACCACCUUCAUCCUGUUUUUUUUCGCACUGGAGACUUAUAGUCUUUGCAAGCAGCAUCCUAACCUUUCUGAUUUGAUUUCUUUUGUCGAGAAUGGUUAUGGCUAACAAUGUGGGGGUCCAAAUUGGUGCCAACUCAUUCAUGUUGCAGCAAUUUUUUGUUUCGUGUUAACUGUAAAGUUAUUUAAUUAGCAGGCACUGCAGUGAUGAGAAGAUUCAAAAUUUGAAUGAUGAAAUGCUAUCUCCUGGUGUAAUUUUUAUGGGUCAGGUGAAUGGGUUUAAUUUUGUAAUGCUAAACCUUGAAAUUUUCAACAGGACAACAAAGAUCUCUAUGCAGAAGAGGCUGCUGCACAAAGAGAGAGGGAGAGACUGCGGAUGCUUACAAUCCCAGGACUCAUUGCCCCCAAUGAGAUCCAAGAUGAGAUGUUGGACUCAUAGUUCGCUUAUCUUGCUCCGGAGCUAAUUUGAUGGAUUUUAACCAUAGAGGUGUCGAGCGCUAUGAAUUAAUUUACCGAGAAUUUUUAUGGAGAGAACAGAGCCAGGGUUUUUCCCCCAUUUUUUCUCUCUUCCUCAAAUGUUCCCCUGUUUUAAACCGGUGACUCAUGAAGGUGCUCCGGCAUACAAAAGCUUGGCUGCAGGUUCCUAUAUGGCUGUUGGGGUGAGUGGGUGUAGAAUACUUAGAUUCUAAUGUAGGAAUAUAGCGGAUCAAUGUACGGCUUUCGAGGAUUCAGCUUUGAUAUUGUAUUUCAUGAUGAGGUUUGACAGGCAAACUGUUGAUAUGAAAUGCUAUCCUUUUGAUUUCUCUUUUAUUUUUUUGGGAGGGCUUUGAUGAUUUUAAGUAGGUGUUGUGUAUACUUAUUUUGGGGGGGCCACUGUAGAUUUUUUUUUGUUUUUUUUUGUUUUUGGGUUUAAUCUUAGAAUAUGAUGUAUUUUUGAAUUUGAUACAGGGUUAUCUUCACAUUUCUACCUUCAAUUUUUUGGACUGUAAUGCAGACUUGGCUUUAUUUCAGUUUAAA